CCAUCCGCAGAGCUCCCUCACCAUCCUAGAGGCCUGCAGUUCUCAGAGGAUCUUCCUGUGGGUUAAUACUUGAGAUGCUUGUGGAGGGAGGAACUGGGUCCCUGGGAUGUGAGGGGAGGGAGUCACCCAUGCCUUUAUGAAAGAUGCUUCUAGCAUCCCACACAUGGUCGGCACCUCCUGAUGCUACGUCAGAAACUGAGUAUAAAAGGCAGAUGCUUCUGACAGCACCUCAGUCUACCUGUCUCCUGAGUGAUCUGCUGCAGCGCCUGAACCAGCUUUAUUCAGCUCCUGCAGAGAUGUCCUGCCAGCAGAGCCAGCAGCAGUGCCAGCCUCCUCCCAAAUGUACCCCGAAAUGCCCACCCAAGUGUACUCCUAAGUGUCCGCCCAAGUGUCCCCCAAAAUGCCCUCCCCAGUGCCCAGCCCCGUGCCCACCUCCAGUCUCUUCUUGUUGCGGCUCCAGCUCUGGGGGCUGCUGCAGCUCUGGGGGCAGUGGCUGCUGCCACAGCUCUGGAGGCUGCUGCAGCUCUAGGGGCGGUGGCUGCUGCCUGAGCCACCACAGGCCCCGCCGGUCCCUCCGACGCAGACCUCAGAGCUCCAGCUGCUGUGGCAGUGGCAGUGGCCAGCAGUCUGGGGGUUCCGGCUGCUGCCACAGCUCUGGAGGCUCCGGCUGCUGCCACAGCUCUGGGGGCUGCUGCUGACCUGGGCCAUGAGGAGCAGGGAGGGACAGCACUGGCAGAGCCCAGGUGCCAAACAUCUGCGUCAGCCCGAGGCUUCUUUUCUCUCAUUUCCCACGGAAGGCCUUCUGAAAUGCUUUGAGUUCCCUCCUUUAUCCUGCCCAUGUUCACUCCACUGUGGGGUUGAGGCCUAGCCUGUGCUAUUCUCUGGCCUGGUUUUCCCUCUCAGAUAUAGUUCUUUGGCAAACUAGGUGUUGAAAUUCAGUUCCAAAGCUAUUUUCUCUGUAACAAUAAAGCUUUUGAUUCCUGGUAUCA